GAUUUUGUAUGCCGUAUGUAUGGGUUAAAAAAGAUAGCUGACGUCAAUGAAGCUCGUGUAGCUAUUUUUAUGAAAAAUUAUAAAAUUAAUGAGGGCGACGAAAUCUUCCGGACCAACGCAAAGAAUUGUCGAUGGAGCAGUAUUAUGUACCACUUUGUAAAGCUGAGCUGCAAAAGCAAUUGAAACUAACCGCAUAUAUUGCACAUCUUUGGAGGCAUGCUUAUCUCCCGCAACCGACGGAAUUUUUACCCACUGAUUAUGGUUGGCAAGAAUCAGGAGAUAAACUUGUUCUCGAAUGGUUCGAAGGAGAUCAAUUGCCGAAAUCCAUCGAUGAUAUAGCAAUCAACUCUGUAGAAAAUCAAGGUAUUAUCGAUGAUAUAGCAAUCAACUCUGAAGAAAAUCAAGAUAAAGAAACGAAUACAGAGCAAGACCAAGGUCAGUCAGAUGAAGAAGACGAUCCUGAAAUCAAUAACUCUGAUAUUGAGGAUUCCGAUAUAAUAUUGGAUGAAACGGAUGAUUCUAUCGACCAAUGUGAUAUGGAUGAAUGGUUAUAAAAUUACGGCUGUUAAACAAGAUCAGCAUCAUUAU